AUGGCCAGGGAUUUUGAGAUUUCAAAUGUCGAAUCUUCGUUUAUUCUGGAUGCAUUGAGACAAAACCUCAGGCUUGAUGGACGAGGGUUUGAUCAAUUUCGAGAAGUUAAAAUAGAAUUUGGUGAUGAGUAUGGAGAUGUUACCGUAUACCUUGGUGAAACGAAAGUUCACUGUAGGACAACCGCGGAAAUAUCACAGCCUUACGAUAACCGGCCAUUUGAAGGGUUGUUUCUAAUAUCUACAGAGAUGUCUCCCAUGGCUGGUACUCAGUUUGAACAUGGAAAUAAUACUGGAGAAGAUGAGGUUUUAAUUUCACGAAUAAUCGAAAAAUCCGUACGGAGGUCAGGUGCAUUGGAUCUAGAGGGCCUAUGUAUUUCAGCUGGCAGCAAAUGUUGGUCUAUUAGGGCUGACGUCCAUUUUUUAGACUGCGAUGGAGGUUUCAUUGAUGCAAGCUGCAUUGCAGUGAUGGCUUCUCUUUUACACUUUAGAAAGCCAGAUGUUACGGUGUUUGGUGAGCGGGUAACUGUCCAUUCUAUAGAAGAACGAGAAGCCGUGCCAUUGGGCAUUUUACAUAUUCCAAUAUGUGUUACCUUUUCCUUUUUUAAUCCAGACGCUACGGAGGAAAACAUCAAGGGUGAUUCCAAUAAGGAGAUUUCCAUAAUAGAUGCCAGCUUAAAAGAAGAACAUCUCAGAGACGGCGUUCUCACAGUUACAUUGAAUAAAAACCGAGAAGUGGUCCAGGUGCUGAAGGCAGGUGGCUUACCAAUGGAUGCAUUGACAUUGAUGGAGUGCUGUCAGAAGGCCUACCACAUAACCGAAACUAUAACAACCCAAAUUCUGGACUUGAUAAAGGAGGACUCACUCAAGAGGAAUAAACAUUCAACAAUGUUAAGUGCUGAAAAUCCCCGUGAGUCCUAG